AUGCCCGUGCUUCAGAUUCGCUCGCCGGCGUCGCCCGGUUCGCCGGAGCAGACGCCGCUGGCAAGACAGACGUCGGUGAUCCGGCGCCUGGUGCUGGAGCCGCGGCCUGAGCCCGAGCCGGCGCAGCACCCGUGCGACGACUGCGGUCGCAAGUACAGCACCGCCUCCAACCUGGCGCGCCACCGCCAGCUUCACUGCCUGCCCGCAGACAAGAAGGCACGCAAGUGUCCCGAGUGCGACAAGGUCUACGUCUCGAUGCCGGCCUACUCGAUGCACGUCCGCACGCACACGCAGGGAUGCCGCUGCCCGUACUGCGGCAAGACCUUCUCGCGCCCCUGGCUACUGCAGGGCCACGUGCGCACGCACACGGGCGAGCGGCCGUUCCGCUGCUCCGUCUGCGCCAAGGCGUUCGCCGACAAGUCCAACCUGCGCGCGCACGUGCAGACCCACUCGAACGUCAAGCCGCACGUGUGCCAGCGGUGCGGCAAGGCCUUCGCGCUCAAGAGCUACCUGUACAAACACGAGGAGUCGAGCUGCAUGAAGGAGCGACCACAGACCCGGCUCAACUAG